CUGCAAGUUAAAAUGUUUAUACUUAACAUGUUCAAGAGUUUGUUGGGUUCUUUAGGACUCUACAAAAAGAAUGCUAAAAUCUUGUUUUUAGGGUAAUUAGAAAAUUCUAAUAUUUUAUUAGACUGGACAACGCAGGAAAGACAACUCUGUUGAGAAGAUUAAAAGAUGAUAGAAUGGUACAACACGACCCAACUUUACAUCCACACGCAGAAGAGUUGGUGUUGGGAAAUGUUAGAUUCAAGGCAUUCGAUUUGGGAGGCCAUUAAGCAGUCAGGAAGACUUGGAAGAACUAUUUUCCAACAGUUGAUGGAAUUAUAUAUCUCGUUGACUCAGCAGACUCAUAGAGAUUGAAGGAAAGUAGGGAUGAGCUGGAAUAAAUAUUAAAUACAGCGGAAUUGGCAAAGGUAUUUAACAUUUAUAUGAUGUUUAGGUUCCAAUAGUAAUAUUGGGUAACAAAAUUGACAAGCCAGGAGCUGUGCCAGAAGAGGAAUUAAGAUAAGCUCUAGGAAUUAAUGUUAAAUAACAAAUUAACAACAAAAACAUUAAGGAGAUUGAUGGAAGACCAGUUGAUGUCUUUAUGUGCAGUGUGGCAAACAGAGUAGGCUACGCUGAAGGAUUUAGAUGGUUAUCAUAAUUUUUAAAUUGAAAUUUAUUCGUAUAUGUAUUUCUUCUUUUCAUAAAAA